UUUGUUCGGAAGUACGAUAACAAGCAACUUAUCAAAUUUUUGAGUGAGAAUAAAGGCGACCUGCAACUUGAUGACACUCAUAUUGAAAUCUUACGCAAGGAAGAGGUCACUGGUCGUGUUUUUCUUAAUUCAACCAAACAAGAUUUUAUAGAUAAUGGCCUGAAAAGUGGACCCGCGAAACGUCUCGCAGACUUCGUCAAGGAAGUCAAAGAGAAAAAAUUAAAAAAUUUUUCAUCGUGCAAGACUAAGCAAGAGGUGAAAGAGAAGAUAGAACUCUAUGGUCCAGCAUCUGAACUUAACGAAGCUGAGCCGGGUCGAGUUGAUUACGCUGUUAAAGUCAAAGAUAAUACUGGAAAUGACGAAUUGAUAGCAAUAACUGAAGCAAAACAGAGUGAUAUAUUAAUGGGAUUCGGACAAAAUGUUCUACAACUUAACGCUUCUCACCAUAAAAAUUCAAAAAAACGAAAUGCAGAAGCAUUUGGUAAAGAUGCUUUUGAUUACUUGUAUGGAAUCGUUACUACAGAAAGGUUUUACCGUAUAGAAAAUGAGUAUAGUAUUAGAAUUAACAGAGAUGCUUUGGAAGAUGAUUCGGAACUAUGUAAAGAUGUAAAAAAAGUUGUACAGGUACUUGUUAGUCUAUUGAAGGAUAGGGUCGAAGUAGAUGA